AUGGAACAGACCCCGAACGUUGGUGACACUCGAAAACUCUACCAACUUAUCCGCCAAGUUACUGGUAAGUCCUCGACACUUUGUGAAGCUGUCCGCGAUGUGAAUGGCGGCUUUAGUGCUGACAACUCGACCAAGGUCGGUACCUGGCGCGGACACUUCGAACACCUCCUCAACUUUUAUGAGCAACCCACCACAGCCUCGCCCUCCUCCGCAGCGGAGUCUUAUCCUUCUUCAACCUAG